UUAUUGAUAUAUUAAAUGAUUAACUGAUUUUCAAAUUCAUAAAAUUGAAUGAAUCCGGGAUUUGAUACCAAGGAAGCCCUAUGAAAAGGAAAAAGAAAGAAAGGAAAAUAGUAAAACUGAAACCUAUCUCUUUCUCUCUCUCUUUCUCUGCUUGCGGCGGAAGGAGCACCGUCGACCCUCCCCUCUCACCUCAGGUGGACCGCCGUUCCUUUUUCUCGAAACCCCGAGCCCAGCUUCCCUUUCUCCCUGUCGGUGCUCUCGUUACCACGGCGUCACCACCACCGCCACUUGAAGCGACGCAACCUGAGAACUCACGGAACUCGAAGGUUCCUUCCCCCUCGCGAAUCCCGACGUUGUUUCUCGACAAAUAAAGCAAGAAAAAAGAGAGAGAAUAAACCCUAAAAAUUCCCUCAUUAUCUGAGUCUCAAAGAACCUCUUCGGUUCCCCUGCAAGUUUAACAGCUCCGACUCAAGCUCCAAUUUCACAAGGUUUUCCCUUUCUUUGUAACUGUGAUUUAGGGAAAUUUGUUUUGAAAUCGAGAUGAAGAAUCCCAAUAACCAAUUUUCUAAGUUAAAGAAAGUAGAGUUUCCCGAUAGUGAAGAGGACAUCGAAUCACCAUUGUCAUCCUCUUCCUCUGAACAUGAGGAGGAGGAGAUAGAGCGGGAACUAGCAGAUGUGACAUUCGAGGAGUUGCAGAAGGCACGCUCUAAUGGGUCACAUUCAGUGUCUAGAAAGGACAACAAAGAGAAGAAGGUUGGUCGUGCCAAUAAGAACAGACCAAUGGAAGUUAGUUGUAAGAAGCCAGUUGGUCGAUUUAGAGAUGUUGUUCAAGCUCCUAAAAAGGUCCUACGAGACCCACGGUUUGAGUCUUUAUGUGGUACACUUGAUAAUGAUGGCUUUAAAAAAAGAUAUAAUUUUCUUUUCGAGGAGGAGCUUCCUGCUGAAAAGGAGGAACUAGGCAAGCAAUUGAAGAAAUCGCGUGAUCCAGAAGUCGUUGAAGAGCUAAAGAACCAACUAUCUUGGAUCAACAAACAGCUGAAGCCUGAUUCAACAAAGCAUAGAGAAAAUGCUAUUUUGGCUGAACAUAAGAGAAAAGAAAGAGAAGCAGUAAAGCAGGGGAAAAAACCCUUUUAUCUUAAGAAAUCUGAUGUCCGAAAACAACGACUCCUUGAAAAAUAUGAACAGCUUCAGGGAUCUGGCAAGCUUGAAGCCUAUAUUGAGAAAAGAAGGAAAAAGAAUGCUGCAAAGGAUCAACGAUACAUGCCUUAUCGCAAGCCUGCGGAGAAUCAGUAACAACCAAGUUAAUGAGCUGAUUUCGUCUUUAAAUGUAGCAUAUAAAUCUUCCAUCUUUUAUGUUAUGGUGGUGGAGACAUUCCCUGCUCUUAGGUUGAGACUCCCACAAUGCCUUGAGGUAGUUCAGGCCUCAGCUGAUAGUAUUUAAUAAGGCCAUAUAGAUGUUACUUGAACUAAACACAAAGUGGUAGAAGAAAGGAAAACAAUCCAUUUUUGUGAAUUUUUGUUCACCAACUUAAGGCAUGCUAUUGAAGGUUUUGGUUUUCCAUUGCAUCUUAAUUUGAUCCCAUCAAAUCAUUUUUGGGAUGUUGAUACUUGAUGGUAAUAUUAUUAUUUUUAACCAAAAAAUGUAUUUUUUUUUAAGAAAUAAUAUUUACAUAUUGUUUUAUC